AUGUCAGGACAAGCUAACGCCGGCAGCCAGGGGCAUGGGGACCCCAAAACAUGGCUGUGGGAAGCUGGCAGAGCUGGGUCUGACAACAAGCUGCCCACGACCUCUGGCGGUUGGCUCUCCCUGGAGAAUCAGUUUCCCUAUCUGCCCUAUGGGAGUAGAGGCCGUGGGAAGAGGCAGGGGCCCCAGCGCUGGGAUCAGGAAGCCCCAGGGCCCCCCCAGCUCCUGCCUGUGGUGGCCGGAGCCUCCCCCUGCCCAACCCUGGAUCCGAGGUGCUCAGACGUCUCCAUGACAACCAGGGCCUUGGAGGAGCUGGAUGGAGGCCUGGGCAGCUGCCAAGCAGGCGAGGACCGCUCCACACUGGCUGACCCCUGCCCUGACCAGCCCCAGGAGGACAGGGCUCAAGCGAUGCCCAGACUGGCCGACUCUAGCGGCUGGCCCCAUGUUUCUCAAGCUGAGGGCAGCCCCGCAAGCAGUGUGGAUGCCAGGCCCAAGAAGACAGAGAAGGAGCCCGUGGCCAAAGUGGCCCCAGGACACGGGAAAGAGAGGCUGAAAGCAGGAGCAACACCCCGGAGCCCGGUGCGCAAGAAGGUGCAGGCCUCACCACCCCCGCAGCGGCCGCCGCCACCCCCAGCCCCUGCCCUGAGCGAGGAGCUGCCCUGGGGAGACCUGUCACUCAACAAGUGCCUGGUGCUCGCCUCAUUCGUGGCGCUGCUGGGCUCGGCCUUCCAGCUGUGCCGCGAUGCUGUGGCCGGGGAGGCAGAUGCCCCUGCACCUGUCCCUGAGCCGUGGGUACCUCCAAGCUCGGCCCCGGAGCCAGCAUCAGCCCGGCCGAAGCCCAAGGCCUGGGCGCCCCCAUCGGGACCCCCGGAGCCCCAGGAGGAGGAGGAGGAGAAGGCCGAGGUUCCAGCAAGCCGGGAGGGCGCAGAGAAGGCUGCUGGGGAAAAGCGCGCGCCCAAGGAGCCUCCACGCAAGGAGGAGAGGCCUCGGAAGGAGAGGCCGCGGAAGGAGAAGCCGCGGAAGGAGGUGAGGCCUCCGAAGCAGGAGAAGCCACCGGCCGCCAGGGAGCCCCGAGCGGCCCUACCCCGGCGCUGGGAGGUGCGCGAAGGAGGCCAUCGGCAUUGGAUGCAGGACUCCCGAGACCCCGGACACAAAAAGAGGCAGGCCUGGAACUCCCCGCGGCGCCCCGACACGGACCCGCCUCCCGGACGCCAGAGGCACCGCGCGGGCAAGGGGCGGGACUGA